CCGGCCCACCGUUUGAAACCGGCCCAUUACGAGGGUGCUUCGGCCCAGUAGAGCCUAGCUUGCCGAAAUGGCAAACAAAACAACCACCAGCGAUUGGUUGAUGGCGCGAAGCAAAGCAUGCUGAGCAACACGGAACACGAUGCUUACACUCAACGAAGGCUAGCUAGGCUAGGCCAUGGCCAUCACCUCUGACCUCUCACUGCUCCGCUUGCCGCAUGCUGCUGCUCUAUAUCACUACCUGUGUUGCUUCAUUCUCUCAUCUGCAUCAGCUCACUGCUCACCCCCGUCGAUCAAUGGCGUCUGAGAGGUGCUCGUCGUCGUUUGUUCUGGCCGCAGCGGCGGCUGCACUGUUCGUCCUCGCGUCGGCGCCGGCGGCUCAUUGCUGGAGCAAGGAGGGGCACAUGCUCACAUGCCGAAUCGCACAGGAUCUGCUGGAGCCUGCGGCGGCGCACGCGGUGAGGAACCUGCUCCCGGAGGAGGCGGACGGCGACCUGUCGGCGAUGUGCGUGUGGCCGGAUCAGGUGAGGCACUGGUACAGGUACAGGUGGACUAGCCCGCUCCACUUCAUCGACACCCCUGACAAAGCCUGCAGCUUCGUCUACUCAAGGGAUUGCCAUGGCCCGGAUGGUGCAGAGGAUAUGUGCGUCGCCGGCGCGAUUGCCAACUUCACCUCACAGCUUAUGCAUUACAACCACGGCAGCGCCGAUCGCAAAUAUAACAUGACAGAAGCUCUGCUGUUCUUGUCACACUUCAUGGGAGAUGUUCAUCAGCCAAUGCAUGUUGGGUUCACGAGCGACCAAGGUGGUAACACAAUUAACCUACGCUGGUUCAGGCACAAAUCCAAUCUCCAUCAUGUGUGGGAUAGGGAGAUGAUACUCACAGCUAUUGCUGAAUUCUACGGCAAAGACAUGGAAGCAUUCCAAAAGGACCUUGUGCACAACUUCACCAGGGGAAUGUGGUCUGAUGAUGUAUCCUCUUGGGGGGACUGCGAGGAUCUCCAUUCUUGCCCAACCAAGUACGCUACAGAGAGCAUAAACUUGGCAUGCAAAUGGGCGUACAACGACGUCCAUGAAGGCGAAACUCUGUCAGAUGACUACUUCAGCUCACGGCUUCCGAUCGUGACACGACGGAUUGCGCAGGGGGGAGUGAGGCUGGCCAUGUUCUUGAAUCGGCUAUUUGGGGAGCACAACCGCGACGUCGCUCCAACAGCCUGAACUGGCCUGGUGAUUGCUGCAAAGAAUUCAGAAUUAAUCACACGUCUAAUCUGACGGCCUCAUCCAUUUUCUUUUAUCUUACGUGAUACGUGAUUCUGUUUGUACGAUGAACAGUUUGAUGACAAACUAUGUACUUCUGCUAAUUAGAGCAGGAAUGGUGCUCCAUAAUAACAAUUGAUGCCAGCAAUGCUAAUUAACCGCAUACCACAUAGUAAAGCAAAGCAAUUCCAUUGUUCUGAAUCCUGGUAAGAAAGAGAUAUACAGGUAUGACUGUAUAACAAGAUUCCAUGCUAUAUAUCAUGCCAUUAUAUUUAGCAAAUUUUGCUAUAAAGCACUCAAAGUAUGUGUAAUUUGCUAGUGAACAUUGCAAAAAUGUGAUACCGCUAGAGAACACCUCCAAAAACUAGUAAUUUGCCACAGUACACGCAACCGUUAUUAUAUUAUUUUAGCACAUUUCGAGAUAUAAAUUCUUCAAAAAAACAAGAAUGCCCUUGGACCACAAGCUUAGAACUGGCGCUGGAUUGAAGAUGUAAUAUGAUGUAUUUUAUCAAUGUACUUGGGGUGAUGAUUGAAAUUUUGUUUCUUUUCUUAAUUUUGGAAAA